GCCCGCCGCGUUGGCCGCGCUGACUGCCCGCCUGGAGAGCCCGCGCUCCGCGCCGCGCUCGCCGCGCUCUCCCGCCGCGGGGGUCCACCGCGCCGCGCUCGGCGAGGAGCCGCUGGAGGUCCCGCUGGUCGAGGAGCCGCGGGAGGUGUUGGCGGAGGACGACGGGGGCACUAGGCGCCCGCCGAAGCGCAGCCUCCGGUCCAGUGCGGGCAGCGCUGCGCUCCAGCGGGACCCCGCCCCGUCCAAGCCAGGCAGCAGCAGGGCAAGCAUUCCCGACUUGCCCAGCCGGCGCCCGUCGUGCUCGGCGAAGCUGUCCCGGGCGUGCACGCUGCCGCCGAUGGACCUUCCCAUGUACCCGUCGGACCGGGGCAGGUUCUCCAGGGGCUCCAUGAUGUGGUUCGGCGCCAGGGACCAGGCCCGGGAGCUCUUCCCGAGGGACCCCGACGCGGGCGCCAGCGAGGCUUCUGGAUCCGAAGCUCUGCCGGCUGUCCUGGAGCCCGCGGCGGCCGCGGCGGAGCCCGCGGCGGCCAGGCAGGGCACGGGCGCGGGCAGGGCGGCGGGCAAUAGGCCGGUAGCCGAGCAGUUCUGCAGGGCCUUGGCGAGGGAGCUGGGCGCCUGCCAGGACGACGGCGAGGUCGACAGGCUGCUCAGGCUCGUGCAGAAGGUCACGAGCUCCACGUCCUCUGACACCUUCAGCACUAGCGGCGCACAGGCCUACCGCCUGCGCGAGGCCUUGCGCCCCCUGCGCGAGAGCUCGGCGGGCCCGGCGCUGGGGUACUCGCACCGCCUCUGGGUGACGAGGGCGAUCGAGAAGCAGGCGCAGCGGCGGCGGCAGCAGAUCGCGAGCGGCACGGCGGACAAGGCGGGGGGCCGUGGCCGCGUCGGUGGCCUGCAGGGCAUCGCGCGGGAGGAGCGGUCGCCGCGCAUCACCUGGCAGCUGCAGGUGCACGCCGCCGACUUGCCGAGGGGCGGGGCGGAGGCCGAGUCUGGGAGAGACGGGGACGCCGGCGCCGCCGGGCAGCCCGCAGGAGAGCGCCGCGCGUGCCCUCACCCUCGGCCUCGCCGCGGGGGCGGCGGAGCGUCACUGCAUCGGAGGGCGGCGGCGAGUCGCCCGGCAGAGGAGCGCCGC